ACCGACACACUUUCAUCUAGCGGCCAUAGUGAGCGUGUGUUGUCACGUGACCAGCCCAACAGCAUUACAUCCGGGGCAGGAAGUGUGGGUCAAACGAACAGCGUUUAAGCACUGUACAAGCGUCAUGUUAUUACGAAGGGUGUUACAGUGCGGUGCAUCUUCACUGAGGAGCAGGCGGUCAUUUCACCGCAGUGCUUCAUGGAGGAACCCUCUCAUCCCCAUCGUUGUAGAACAGACAGGCCGAGGAGAACGUGCCUACGAUAUCUACUCACGCCUCCUGAGGGAGAGAAUAAUCUGUUUAAUGGGUCCAAUUGAUGACUCUGUGGCAAGUCUGGUGAUCGCACAACUGCUUUUCCUUCAAUCCGAGAGCAACAACAAGCCGAUUCACAUGUACAUCAACAGCCCUGGUGGCGUGGUCACUGCAGGGCUGGCCAUCUACGACACUAUGCAGUACAUCCUUAACCCAAUCUCGACGUGGUGUGUAGGCCAGGCUGCUAGCAUGGGCAGCUUACUGCUGGCUGCAGGCACUGCAGGAAUGAGGCACUCGCUGCCCAACGCUCGCAUAAUGGUGCACCAACCUUCUGGAGGUGCCAGGGGUCAAGCGACAGACAUCGCCAUCCAGGCUGAGGAGAUUCUCAAGCUGAAGAGACAGAUCAACAACAUCUACUGCAAACAUACAGGACAACCUCUGGAACUGAUAGAAAGCGUGAUGGAGAGAGACAGAUACAUGAGUCCCAUGGAGGCACAAGACUUUGGGAUUAUUGACAAGGUCCUGGUUCACCCUCCCCAGGCUGGGCAGGAUGAGCCAGAGCUGGUCCAGAAGGAACCCACCACUUCAGCCACCCCCUCCACCCCCCCAGCCUCAGAUCUGGCUCAGUCUGGGGCCAGUCCACCUUCUUUGUUCAAACCUGAACCGUAAUGUGAUUGGGCUCAGCCACUGGGCUCUUACAAGAAGAUGGGAUAUGAGACUGUGGGAGCCUGUGUUGUGUGUAUUACACUGUACUGAGGAUGCCUCAUUGUGGAACAGUAAAGACUGACAGCAUUGUGUCCAAAAAACAAAUGUAUAAGAAUAUGGGACUUUAUAUUACAUGUGUCGUAAAAAAAAAAAACUUGUGAUUUUUAACCUGAUUACUAAUAAACACACAAUCAGUUUAUCGUUUAUAAA